AUGCUUCCGAAUAUACCAGGAAAAAAAUCUAAUUAUUCAUUGUGUUACCGAUGUUUUACAUUAUUCCACAACAUCAUUUUGAAAUUAAGUGGAUUAUCUCCGUGGACAUUGAAUACGUCCCAACUAUUUAGAAAAAAUUGUGCGUUUGAUAACAGAAGUUUGUCCACCACUUCACAUAUUGGAUCCUUCUAUAACAUGUUAAUAAUAAUAAUAAUAUUGGUGUUAAAUUACUAUAGUUUUUUUGAUAAGAUAUAUUCCAGCUAUUUUUAUCAGACCAAAGUUGGAAUAAUGACGAUGGCGAUUAUGUUCGCAUCAAAUCUGUGCGCAGUUCUGAUUCUUUUAUUGUAUAUAAUUAGGCAAAAAAUUUUAGUGAGAGUCCUUAAUCGUAUUAUGUAUUUAGACAAAAGACUAAAUGUUAGAGAGCAUGAAAUGAAACAUACUGUUUAUUACAUACUAUUUUUUGUAAAUCUUGUUAUCUUUACGGUCAACCAUUUUUUGUUGCUCCUACAGUUCCCGACAUUCAUAGCAGUACUUAUUCGCUAUUUGCCUGGCAUGAUUGUUGUUGGAGUGAUUUUACAGUACUCAUUGAUACUAAGCAUGAUUAAUAAACGAUUCAGAGUCAUUCAAUCAACAAUCUUGAACUUCGAAAAAUUAAAAUGGAAUAUGCUUGGAGCAGAAGUGUUAGUUUCGCAUCAAACAGCUAUGAAUAAUAUUGAUAAUCUAAAAUCUACAUACUACGCAUUGUUUGAGAUAUGUCAAGACAUAGAAAAUUUUUACGGACUACCGAUUUUAUUUUCGAUUUUAGCAAUUGCUAUGAGAGCUGUUUUCAUGGUAUACUUUAUGAUAUCUGAAAUUAUGGGCGGGCUCAAAGGGGGUGUCACAAUGUUCUAUUACGGAAUAUCUAUACUUCAGCAUAGUUUUCUCCUGAUUAUACUGACCUCUACUGUAAAUAAAAUAAUUAUUCAGGUACAUAAGACAAAUGAGAAAACAGCUCGAAUCAUUCUUUUGGUUGUGGACAAAUGUACGAAUCAGAGAACUGAUGACAAAGUAAGUAGGACUACUGAUCUUCUUUGUUUGAAAAUAAAAGUCACAAGUUGUGAUUUAUUACCAUUAGAUCGCACGCUCCUUAUGCUUAUUUCUGGUUCUAUUUCAUCAUACCUUAUUAUUACAAUUGCAUUUUAA